AUGAGGCGAGCAGUAAACAAACUACUACCUUCAAGAACUAAAGUUCUUUCAUCCACCAUUUCUAAUAUUUCAAAAAACCUAAGACUUGAUAAUCUAAAUGCUAUAGAAGAGUUUUAUCUAUCCUUAAGCGACCCCACAAAGAUCUGCUUCAAACCUGGUGACUUGAUCAAAGGCGACCUCAUCCUAUCCUUGAAGAAAAAAAUUAUCAACAUCACUAUUGAACUAUCCAUCAAUGGCUCUGUCAAAAUAAAAUCUUAUGGCUCAACUACUCCUGUCUCUUCCUCAACAAGAAAGGUCUCCCUCUUUUCCAACAAAUCAAUCUUAUAUGGUGCCAACAACAUUCACAACAACAAUAACACAAAUAAUGACACACCUGCCAAUAUAAGCAUAAACAAUCUACCUUCUCUAAGUAAAGGUAAACACAAAUUUCCCUUUGAAAUUAAACUACCCAAAAAUCACAUCUUCACCUCCAUUCGUUUUGAAAAAGGCUCAAUCUCCUAUUCAUUAAAGGCUAAAAUCAUCCACAACUCCAUAAACUCUCCCUCUAUAUCUCCCUCAUCGUCCCAUUCUCUAUCUUCAACCCACAUCCAUCACAACCAUGACCACAAUCACCCAAAACGAUUUUCAAAACUAUACAAACUCAACAACAAGUCCUCAUCUUCAAAUGUUACACAUAACAACAACUACUGCAAUAACAAUAGCAAUAGCAACUCUGAUGACGACUCUGACGACUCAGUAUCUUCCCACUCAAAUCUAAUAGCUGUUUGUGAAAGAAAUAUAUCCAUUCUAUGUCCCAUCAAUAUAUCAAACUUAUCAAAACCAAAACCAAGAGUCCUAACCGUAAAACCAAAACCAAAAUACAUCAAAAAGGGCUUAUCCUCCUCAACAACCCUCAACUCUGGAAAUUCCUCUUCAAACAAAUCAACUGACGAUGAUUCCUCUCUCACUCUAACUAGUAAUCCAAACUCCAUAUCAAACUCAAUGACAAACUCAAACUCAAACUCAAAUCCAAAUUCAAUAUCAAAUUCUACAUCCCUAAAAAACUCUCUCAAAAAUUCAAUCAAAUUACUUGUCAUUGUUCCAACCCUAGGCUACUUGAAAGGUGACCUAAUCCCAAUAACUGUUUACCUACAGCACAUCAAAAAUUUACAAUCAAUCAAUGGCAUAAUAAUAACCCUAAUACGCAUUUGCAGAGUUGAUAACAGUCCCAAUGGCGCUGUUCAGUCCUUCAGAAAAGACCUAGCUCAAACCAUCAAACCUCUCAUAGUUGAUCCCAAAACUCUAAACGCUGAAGUUAGCACAAUGCUAAGAAUCCCCUAUGAUAUAUUCCCAACCAUCGUUGGCUCCCCAUUAAUCUCCUUCCAGUAUUACAUCGAAGUCUUGGUCAAUCUAUCAAAUCAAAAAAAUACCGUUUCUCUAUUAUUAGGCAAUGGUGCUGUCUCUGAUGGUUCAUCUAGUUAUGACUCAAACGCUUUAAACUCUGCUAUAAUCAAAAGCUCUUCUCCAAUAGUGGCAAACGACAUCAAUAACGAUCAUUAUCUACAACUACUAAAAGAUGGCGAUUCAUUGUUUAAAUCUAACAAUGAUCUAAUUUUCAACGUUGAUAAAUUAAGAAGGAUGAAAGAUGUUUUAACCUUAACAACUGAAAUUAUUAUUGGAACUGAAAGAAACAAUGAUCUAAUAAAACAACAACAACAACAACAACAACAACAACAACAACAACAACAAAACUCCCCAAACAAUACCAAUAUCAAUAAUAUCAUCAACAACAACAAUAUAGCUAUCUCCUUCUGA